CGCAAUGUCCCCCCUACGAUCGAUCGAAGCAGCACCGAACGCAGUGGAAGAGAAAUCCAAACCCCUUCAAGAAAUUCAAGGUUUUGAUCCUUCAAUCCCAAAUCCCCUUUCUUUCUUUCGUUAUCUUCUUUUUUUAGAUUUAUCUAAGAACCUUGUAAUCUUUUUGAGAUCGAACCUUAGAAGCCCACUCUGAUUCCUGCAUUAAUCUCCCGGAUCAGGUGAUUGAUCUCCUCUCCCUAGUAAUUGGAGCAGCGCAACAGCAAUUUCUUAUUUUUCCUUUUCUUUUCUAUAUUUUAAGUCCUUUUUCUUGAAUUCCUUGUCUUAUUCCAGAUGCGUAAGGAUGAUGAUUGCCUCAUCGCAUCUCCUAUUCUGAAGGGAAUUUCUGUUCUUGAUCUCUCUUCUACUCUUCAGCUUCUUGGGUCUAAGUACAGUCUGAUGAAGAGACACCACGAACAGAGUGAUAAACUUGUAAAACUACGGGCUAAUUAUGAAAUGCUAAAAUAUAAGUUCCUGGAGGAGUGCGAGCCUAAAUACGAAACCUUGAAGCAGAAGUACUCAGAAGAGUGCGCUGAAAGGAAGCGCCUACAUAAUGAACUGAUCAAGCUGAAGGGCAAUAUGAGGGUUUUUUUUGCAGAUGCAGGCCAUUAAGCUCAGAAGAGAUCUCUAAAGGUUAUUCUUUUGUGGUAGAGCUUGACCCAUCACAGGAUACUGAAUUGCAGAUCAUCUGUUUAGACUCCUCCAAAAAGCAGUUUAAAUUUGAUCAUGUUUUUGGACCUAAAGAUGAUCAUGGUAAUGUUUCUCUGUAGAUGAUUAAGGUAAUGAGUAUUCAUAUGAAUCACACGAUUGCUAUGGACACCUGAAAUGUAAAAGAAAUAAUUUAAAAUUUAUUAUUGGAUUCCUCGUGGUUCGUGCACUGUUUCAUUGAUAGUUUCCAUGUAUGUUUUUGGUAGAAAGUGAUUGGUUAUCGUAGUCAUUCCUCAAUUCCUUAUU